GUUUCCAAAGUGGUUAGCCAAACUAACUUGGAGAAUUUAGCGCGAUUCUUGCUUCCCCUUACCAUUAUAAAGCACCAUUCACGGUGAACUUAACAACAAAAUAUGAUGUCUGAAGAGGUCGGCAUGGAUGUUCAACCGGACGAAGUUAGCAUUUACCAAACCCCUUCACAACAUUUCGACGCAGAGAAUCCUCGCAGUGAAAGUGUACGGAAAGAGAAAGUCAACCUCGAGUCAGAAAUGGAAAUGGCUGCAGUUACCGAAGACGAAGUGGCAAGAGACAUAUCUCAAGGCCUUUUCCAGGACGACGGUGACAGCAAGGAUGAGGAUGACGUCGACAGCGGCACAUGCUACCCUGAGAGUAACGCGUCUGGCACAUGCUUACAAAGGGCCAGGCGGGUUGGCAGUACCAUCUUUCCAGACACCUUCCAGACAAGCCAUCUCCUUUACUACGAGCGCUUCAAGGCAUACCAAGACUACAUGCUGGGGGACUGUAAGAUGUCCGAGGUGAAGGCCUUCACAGUCGACUACCUGGAGAAGGAGGUGGAGCCGUGUGACUGGCAGGCGCUGUGGUGCAUGGGCCCCUUUGAUGUCCUGCUGGAGGUGGUAGAGGUGGAGUACAGUGAGAUGAGGGCGAAGGUGGAGGUGGUGCUGCCCCUGCGGUGUGAGGCGCGGGGCUGCCAGGUGACCGAGGAGGACAUCAGAGGCAUGCUGGAGGCCACACGCCACACCGUGCCUCUCCGCGAGCUGCACGCCGUCUAUGACGACUCGGGAGACUUCGACUCCACCGCACUGGCCCUCGAGCAUCUCAGGUUUUUCUACCAGCACAUCUGGAGGGAGUGGGAUGAGGAGGAUGAGGAUGAUGACUUUGACUACUUCGUGCGUUAUGUGGAGCCUCGUCUCAGGCUGUACUAUGACAUCCUCGAGAGCCGUGUCCCGGCGAGCCUGGUGGCGGAGUACCAUGCGCUGGUGGCCCAGUGUUCCGCCAAGUUCAGGGAGUUCUCCAGCCUGAGGAACGGUCUGAGUGGCGAUUCGUCGGGCAGCGAUUCGGAGCUGGGCAACGUGUCCAUGGUGGAGGGCCUGCGCAUGUACGAGCAGAUGGAGGAGCUCAAACGCAAGCUCCGCAUCAUCGAGAACCCGCUACUCAGGUAUGUUCUGGGUCACAGGUUUAACUCUGGCCAGGUGUGCAGCAUGGCUAAGGGUCCGCGUCCGGAGGGGUCUCGGCGGGUGGUGCACGUGGUAUCGGCCUCCGCCACCGUGAGCCUCCUGCAGGGCCUUAUGGCCGAGAAGCUGGCCCCCCACUACUCCGGAGAUGACUUCGAAGUGCAGUUGUUUAGUGAUCCUCAGUUGGCCGUGGCUGCGUGCUAUGAGGGGGAUGUGGUCAUCGUAUGUCCGGGCCAUUACAGCAUCAGCAACCCCAUCAGCAUUCCAGACUCUAUACUACUGGAAGGCUACGGGCUACCGGAUGAGGUGGUGAUCGAGAAGGGGGGUAAAGGAGAUGCGUUCGUGGAGAGCACGGGGGCCAGCGUCAAGAUCUCCAAUCUGAAAUUCAUAGAGCAUGACGCCAUCGAAGGCAUCCUGUGUGUGCGACAGGGCAAGCUGGAGAUGGAGAACUGUGUGAUGCAGUGCGAGACCACUGGCGUGAUCGUGAGGACGUCUGCUGAGCUCCUCAUGAACAUGUGUGACCUCUACGGAGCAAAGGGGGCGGGGGUGGAGAUCUACCCUGGCAGCGUCUGCAGCCUGCUGGGAAACGGCAUCCACCACUGCAAAGAGGGAGUCCUGAUAAAGGAUGUGGCGGACACAUUGGACCGGAAGCCCAGAAUCAGCAUGGUGAACAACGUGAUCCACAACAACGAGGGCUACGGGGUGGUCCUGGUCCGAGAGGACGACAAGCCGGCCAAGAUGGAUACUCAUGCAGAUGAGGCUGACUCUGGCUCUGCUCCAGCUGAGGGGGACCCAGCUGCUGCUGCUGCUACCGCUGCUGCUGCUGAGGAAGAGGAGGAGCCCGUGGAGGCAGUCAGCGUAGAGAGUGACCUCCCAGAGGCCGAGAUCCCCAUCAUCGUAGUGGAGGGAGAAGAGGAGCAGGAGCAGGAGGAGGAGGAGGAGGAGAAGGAGGAGGAGAAGAAGACACAGUACCGGGGCAUCAGCCAGCGCCAAGAGGAAGCUACUUCCAUCAAGUGUGACGACGCCACAUCCACAUCCGCAGACGCAGCCUCAUCCACAGACGCAGCCUCAUCCACUGCCACGGACGCCAGGAGACUGCGGAGGCAGAUCAGCCGUGCCAACCAGGGGGGCUCCAUGCAGGCGGACGCCAGCCUCCCCUCCCAGGACGUCUUCGUCUCCAUACAGGGAAACCAGUUCAAGCGCAACGGCCAAGCAGACUUUGGCACCUUUCUCUACUGAACUUCUCUACUCUUGCACGCUUUUUUUAUUUUAAAUUGUUUUUUUUAAAAGUGAUGGAAACAAAGCACAGACACACUUUAUGUGAAAUGAAUUGAGAUUCAUGUUUUUAAACAAUGAGAUUGAAGUGGUGUUGCACUGUCCUCUGGUAUUAUACGUAUGUAGAAAAAUCACCUCCCUACUUGUAUUAUGUUCUUGGCGCUAACUUUUCAAAUGGACACUAAUGUUAUUUAUGCGACAAUUGCAUGGCUAUUUUGUUGUUUCUUUUUCAACCUAUUUUCUCUGUUCCACAUUUUCAGGAUUAUGGUUUGGCACUGGGAAAGUUAUUAUAUGUUGCUCUUAUUUUUGGUCACAUGCCUCAGAACAGCGUUGCAAAGAUCUUUGAAUAAAGUCUUUUCAAUGGA